AUGGCGUGGCUUCACUCGAAGAAUAUAAUCCACUGGGACCUCAAGCCGCAGAACAUCUUGGUUGGCGAAGAAGACAACGAUCUCGUGAGUAUCAGGAUUGCCGACUUUGGAGUCUCGAGGCCAAACUUCAUCUCCUCCCAGAUCGAAGCCGUUAGCAUCCAAGGCACCAGGAACUUCAUGGCACCGGAGGCGUGGAGCAGCGAGCGCUACACGAAAAAGGCCGACGUUUACAGCUACGGGAUGCUGAUUUACCAGCUUGUCACUGGAAACGUUCCGUUCGAGGACGGGAUGGACAUGGAGCAAGUCCUUCGAGGCAAGCGUCCUGAGAUACCAGCCACCUGUCCAGAGUUCCUGUCGCAGCUCAUGCGGGAAUGCUGGAGCCACGAUGCGAAAGAGAGGCCUUCCUUCUCGGAUAUCUGCGAGCGGCUGAAGCAGCUCAAGACCAGGAUCAUCACUGGCAUCGAGUCCAUCGACGAGUUACGGGUCAAGUUGGUUGAAGUAGCCGGG